GAUAAGAUAUGGGGCAUGGAGUACAGCAAUGUGGCCGCUAUAAUUAUUACAGUGAUAGGUGUCAUCAGCGUUAUUUUUUGUGGAGUUGGCUAUGGAAUAUCUGAUACACAGAAAAGUACUGGCGAGGCACUGUCCAUUGUUGGAUUUGUCAUAGGUGUCUUGAUGCUCAUCGCUACUAUCUUCAUAGUUAUCCAGGCGAAAUUUACAGUGAUCAAUAAAAAAAAGUGUGAUGGACCAGAGGGACAGGAAGGGAAAAGAAAACCUGUUGAUCCAAAGCCUAGGAAUGAGGCCACUGUAUUGUCUACAAGGUCAAUUGGAAGCCCAACGUCAACAAGUAAAAUCAAGACCAAAUUCAGGAACAACCAAGUUAGCGAUUCCAAUGAAAGUGAUGUAGACACUACAACUCCUCGAGGAAAGUCUGCCCUGGAUAGUGUUCCACCAGGUCGAAAGUUGCCACCAAUCAAUAUUUCAUCUGUGCCCAAUGUCCCAGAAGAGCCAGAAAAAGUAAAGAAGAAGAAAAAGAAAGUUAAAAAGUCAUACAAAGAUGAUAAACAGGAUGAAGAAUAGAUUGAUAACACUAUAGUGUUGAACCCCCGUGAUGUGUCUACUUUCUACGCAGAAUGUCUCUUUUUAUACCAUCUAAAUAUGUAGUCAGUAAUUUAUAUGUGAUAUGAAAGUGGAGAGUUAUCAGCUUGGUACAUUAUACUGGGCUUUGUCACCAGUCCAGUCUAACAUGAAACUGGAUUUUCUCUUCUGCUGUAUACUGACACUGAAGUCAUAUACGGGUAUAUACAAAUGUUGACUCUAUUUCUCUGUACUAGUUCAAAGUCAUCAGGAUUUUGUAUUAACAGCUUUAAUUAUCUGAUUCACCAUCACAGUAUAAAACCUGUUGUUAUCCUAUUCCUGAUUGGCUAAUAUACCAGCAUGGUAUUAAACCCAUUGUAAUCCUUUCUCUGAUUGGCUGAUAUACCAGCAUGGUAUUAAACCCAUUGUAAUCAUAUCCCUGAUUGGCUGAUAAACCAACAUGGUAUGAAACCCCUGUAAUCCUAUCCCUGAUUGGCCAAUUCAAUGUCACACUAUUAAACCUGUGACAUUAACAUGUUAAUGUAAUGAUCUUGUUGAUCUUAGAUUUUCACAAUAAUAUUUUUUUCACUUUUGUAUUUUAAAGUAUUUUGUAACAUUGUAUAUGAUAAUGUUGGCUAUUUUGUCUGUAAACUGUAUUUAUUACAUCUGAGAAUAUCCCAUGUGAUUGAUUUUGAUGUUAAGACUUAAAGAAUCCGUCCAUAUUUUGAUGAAAUGGCAGCUUCCUGAAAUGAGUGAUAUAGUAUUACUGACAAAUGGAAACAAACUAUGGGAUUGUUGUUAGAUCACAUGAUAAGGUUUACGAUGAUCAUGUGACUUCCAGAUUGAUGAUUGUGAUAUACAUAUAUACUAUUCUGGAUUCAGUUUACGUUUUGAGGUAUUCUGGUAGAUGUCACAAACACAUUGUUAAGUCAGUAACGAUGUAUUAUCAUUAUUAUAAUAUUAUUUGAAAGUGAAGAAGGUACAUGUGAUAGAAUUUUUUUUUCUAACAUCUGCAUUGCUAUAUUUUAUACAAUUAUAGUAUAUAUUGAAUAUAUUGAAGUCUCCAUUAAACAGGUUAGCAGACUGACAGAGGCUAGGUAGACCUAUCUUUCAGAGUUUUCGGAGAUAAUGAUAUAUCUUGUCUACUGAAGGACGAAAGGCUAUCAUUAUAUUGUGUCAACUGUGGUUUACCUCCUCAUUUAUCAUUGUGUAUGCUAAGUUACUAGUACUGCCCUAGUCUGCACACACAACCCCCUCCUAGUCUGCACCCCCCCGUCCCCCCAUCCUCCCAUAUCCAAUUUGAUAUUCUGUCAACUGUGGUUUACCUUUUCACUUAUCAUUGUGUAUGCUAAGAUACUAAUACUGUCCUAACCUUCCCCACCCCCGCCCUUGCCCCUCCCCCCACUGCCUCCCUCCUCCCAUCUCUGAUUUGAUGUUGUGUCGACUGUGACUUACCUCCUUGCUUAUCAUUGUGUAUGCUAAGGUACUAAUACUCUCCUAGUCUGCCCCACCCCCACCCCCACCCUCUCCCCGCUUCUCCCCCACCUCCCAAUCCUCCCGUCUCUGAUUUUAUAUUGUGUUGACCGUGGCUUACUUCCUAGCUUAUCAUUGUGUAUUAAAUCAUCACUUUUUUACAUAAAUAUCCUGAAAUUUGCAAACAUGUGUGACUUCUAGUGUAUAAAAUGAUAUUUUUGUUUAUAACUGAACUGCAAUUCAUGAAAGUGGUUUUGAAAUGUUUCAUCGUUUUUCAGCAUGAUUUGCAGCUUGAAGUGAUAUUUGUUAGUCCAGAUAAUUUGCUUCAAACAUUCCAGUCAAAGCUUUGCAAAUAUUACACAACUCUUCAGAAUGUUUAUUUUCAAAAGAUUUGUCAAAGUUUUAACCAAGUUAUGAAUAAACAGUGAGGAAUAUCUAAAAAAUUAAUGGAAUUUUCAUGUCAAAGUGUUGGCAAUGUUUAAUGUGAAAGUCUGCACUAACGAAUGACCUUGUUUUAUGAUAAAAUUAAUGAUUAAUAAUUAUUAGUUAUCAUGGCUGCCUUAUUGUUUUUUAUGAAUAUAUUAUAUAAUUAUUAGCUUACGCUGAGAAGAAGCUUUUGGGAAUUUCUUAAUAUCUAACAUUCACAUUUGAAAAUAACAUACAAGAUCUGAUACCUUAUACACAUGAAAUGGGCUGGUUUCAUGACUUAUUGUGAAGUCAGCAAAUGCAAAUUAAAUGCUGUCUUGUACUUGGAGAUUCCAUUAUGACGUCAUAGUGAAGAUUACCUUUACAGAGCCAUUAUUUGACUUCGACUAUGACACAUAAAAGAACUUUAUCUGUGAUAUCAGCAAAAGAACACAGUGAUAAGUCGAAUCAUUGAAGUCAUUUGUUCUUUCAUAUGUGACACAUGAAAAUUGUCAAAUAAUUUUCAUUUUAGAUUGCCAGAAAUUUUGUAUGAAAAGCAAAUAAUUGUGUGAUCAAAAUACUGCACAGAAAAUGUUGCAAAAAUCAUUUGGAAAAUGGAAAACUAACAAAUACAACCAAACCAAUUCGGGGAUUUUUUGCACUAAGUGAGUGGUAACUUAUUGUUAAGUGAAUACAUUUGUCAAACCAAACAAAAUACAACAGCCAUAUUCCUAGCUACAAUAAACAGCGAUUUUAUGAUAGUGUUUAUUUUUCUGUAAAUACAUUAGUCAUUAAAUAUUUAGAUAUAUUUAGAGAAUAUUUUACUUCAAUCACGUGUUGAUAAUAAACAAAAUAUGAUAUCUAAUUGUACAACUUAUUAGAUUGCUUUAUCACAGUUCACUCGAUCAUUUUUAGUUUUGUUUAUAUAUAGUUAACAUACAUAAAUGUUCUAUGUAAUUUUAAUUGCUGUUGAAUUCUGUAACCUUGAGGACAAAACAUUCAUGGUACAUAUGUUAAAGUUGAUUCACAACAUGCUUUAGUCUUCCUGUGUACACUGAUAUCAAUGAAUAUGAUAUAGAUUUUUAGAUGAAUUAGUUUUAAUCAAAAACUUUCAAUUUUCUGAUUAUUUUUACUUAUUGCUACUGCAGUUACCUUAAACAUGUGUAGCUGUUAAAUUCAGAAGAGCUAUUUUUUUUAUUGAAUUCAAUUUUUUGCAACACGACUCAGUUAAAUAUUCAUUAAAAUAUAUUAUAAACAUUUGUCUGGAGUUUAAAGUUUGUUGUGAUAUAUUCUGAAUAAUUGUUCACUUGGUAUUCAAUUUGAGCAAAACAUAAUUGUGAAAUUAUCAGCUUUUUGAUACUUUGAAUGGUUGUGAUUUUUUUAAAAAAGAAAAUUUUCAAUUCAGGGUAAAAAAAAAAAAUUAUUCUAUUGUGUGAAACAUUAACCUAUCUAGAUUUCAUCUUAGCAAUGAUUUCCUUUCAUAUAAAAAUGAUGUUUGAUUUUACAUGAAUGCUCUCCUUCAUUUAAGACUUGUUUAGACAAGUUUCCCAUGUAAUAGAUACUGUAUUUUGUCUAUGUUUACAGUCUGUACAAUUUUCUCUGUAGAUGUUUUAUAGAAAAAUAAAGAUCAUUGAUCUCUACG